GGGUUGAUCAUUCUGUAGUCAGAGGCUUCAGCAGCUAUGUACAGAGGUUCUCCAGCUUCCUCUACGCUCAAAGGACACACUAGAGGAAUUCUUUGUUGGGGACUGACAGACAGAACUUCUCAUUUUCAUAUAGUCUCUCAUUCUUAGAAGUCACGAGUCAUUUUUAGAAGUCAUUUGUUCGCUGGAAACCAUCAUCCGUAAUGAAGACGCUCUCUAUCUCUGACUGCCAACCUUUCAUAAGACAAGCACCAUUAUUUGAGGUCAGGUGUAUUCACCAGCAUUUGUAGUCAACCCUGUUCACUGAAGGACAAUUCUGUUUUUUUCCCACUGGAGGACAAUAUUGAUCCAGGAAACCGGAAAUAUUUAGUGGGACUUUAGUCGCAUCCAAAGAGAGCAAGGUUCCAUUGUUUGAAGUCAAUAGUGUCGUGGACUACCGAAUUCAUUGAAGUCAUUUUUACACCAGAUGUUUCUCCACCAUUAGAAGUUGGUCUCAAUUCUGAAGCACUGUCAACAGUAUUGGAAGUGCUCCUUCCUGACGCCGGAUGCGUGUGCCUCAUUAGGCUGUUCACGUGUGACUUCACCGAGUGCCAAACAGAUGAUGACUUAAUGGGAAUAUAAAGUAUUGCAAGUGCCUCUUUCACCAGCGGUCGCUCAUUAUACUGGACACUGUGCAGUGUAUCAAGCUAUUCAGCACUUUGGAAGAAACUACUAUCUGCUUGAGAACAUUCUCUAAAGGACAAGAAACCUAUCACUGACGUUGGUAUCCUCAGUCAUGGCACUGUCCGAUGCUCUGGAGAAGGACAGCAUGUUUUCUCCCUUCCAGUCUAUCACAGUGACUUUUCUAUCUACUCCACUUAUCCUUGUUGCCACACAUAACCUCAUGCAAGUUUUCACAGCAGCAGUGCCACCUUAUCAUUGCCAAUCUAACCUCACCCUUAACAACUCGUAUUUACCAAAAGAUCCAUGCACUCGAUACAUUUCACUGCAAUCGAAUGAUACAGAACCGUGUAUGCAUGGAGAGAGGAUCUAUGACUUGAGUUUAUAUACUUCUACCAUUGUCAGUGAGUGGGAUUUGGUUUGUGAACGAGAAUGGAUGAAGGAACUGGCGCAGUCCACUUACAUGGCAGGAGUGCUGGUGGGCGCUAUCCUGUAUGGCUCUCUCGCAGACAGGUAUGGGAGACGAACCAUCAUCCUAGGCUGUCUUUUGCAGGUAGCGACAAUGGGAACUGGUGCGGCAUUCUCACCUAAUUUUACUGCCUACUGUAUCUUCCGCUUUAUGACUGGCAUGGGGAUUUGUGGCCUUGUCAUUAAUGACCUAGGCCUAACUAUUGAAUGGAUUCCAAAGAAAUAUCGCCCAACUGUAUCAACUGUUCAAGGAGCCUGUCUAACCUUGGGACAAAUCAUCCUAGCAGCAGUGGCUUAUGUUAUAACAGACUGGCGCUGGCUGCAGCUGGCACUCUCAUUACCCUACUUCAUAUUCCCUAUUUUUGUAUGGUGGGUCCCAGAAUCGUACGGUUGGCUUGCCCUCAAUAAACGUUCACAACAAGCCCUUUGGAACCUAAAUCGAGCAGCAAGGAUCAAUGGGGAAAGAGAUGGAACUUUUAUCACUCUUGAGAUGUUAACCUACAAGAAUGAGAAAAACCCAUCGAGAGCGUCUUCCAAACCAACACCACUUGACCUUUUUCGUACUCCAGCCAUGCGAAAAGUGACCAUUAUCCUGUCUAUGUCAUGGUUCUCUUCCAGUUUCUGCUUCUUUGCUCUUGCAAUGGAUAUCCAGCGGUUUGGGUUCAGCUUGUACCUCCUACAGGUGAUUUUUGGAACCUCGGAGCUCCUCCUUAGAAUCCUAAGUAUAUUUGUUGCCGCUAAUGUGGGAAGACGAUACUCAGUUUUCAUUUUCCUUGUAUUAUCUGGAGUACUCAUACUAUGCAGUCUGGCGAUCCCCUCUGAUUUAAUACUGUUGCAGCUGUCUGCCACUGCUGUGGCCAAGGGUUUUCUUGGGUCUUCCAUUGUCUGUGCUUUUCUUUAUACGACUGAACUUUUUCCAACUGUGCUCAGACAAACUGGAGUGGGAUUCACCAACAUGAUGAUGAGACUAGGCGCUGUAAUUGCACCCUUAGCGAUGAUGACCAAGGUGUAUGCACUAUUUCUACCCCUAGUCAUAUUUGGAUUGACACCUAUUGUUUUUGGAUUGCCUAUUUUACGGCUACCAGAGACUUCAAACAGCCAACUGCUGGACACAGUGGAGGAGGUAGAAGCCAGAGACCAGAAAUCCAAACUUAAAACGGAAAAGGAACCUGAACAUGGCACCAAACUAUAAUCCACAUCACAUUUCACAGGAGAACUCAAGAGUUUCAGAAGGCCCCGUGGAACACCGAAGAAGCCAGUCUUUUGCCAAAUUUUUAUUUGAAUCAUUACCUCUUUUAAAGAGUAACCUGUCAGCUGCAUUAAAGGGAUUGUGUCACUUCA